AUGAUGAGAGUCAAAGAUGCAUUGAUCAAUACGGGAGUAAACACAUCAAAUAUAAAUAAAAUGAUUGAAGAUGUGAAUAUUGCUCUUCAAGCAAUAUCCGUUGAAUUAACAAUUCAACAACCUGCAAUAAAUGAGCCACACUUUGUUUCACAUCAAAUCUGUGAACAAAAUCCAAACAUCAUAAUAAACAAUUACAACGAUGAUGGUAUCAAUGAGGAGCACAACGAUUCAUCUUAUCCGGAUAGAACAGCACAACCCAACACUGCUACGCCCCCUAUGAUAGACACAACACAAACACCAAUAGGUGUUGUUGAUCAAACACCAUUUGAUCUUGAAACAAACUUAGAUAAGAAACAGACCACUUUUGGUGAUAUCAUGGGUCAUUAUGACUUCGUUUAUGGAAACGAUCCAAUUGAUGGCAGCCUGGAAACUGAGCACAGUGGAGGCGAAGAUGAAGCUCAUGAAAAUGAAGAAUAUGAAGGAAGUGAAUGCAGUGAAUGUAACGAAAUAGAAGACACACGAGUCCAUGAAAUAAUGAGUCAAGCAUCCGGGAUAUGGCAACAGUUGUCUUCUUCGCUUAUUAAGUCACACGCGUCAAAAAACCCCCCGGAAAAUAUCGAGGUUGCAGAUGAAAAUGAAUAUUGGCUCGACGAUAUCGAUAGUGAAGACGAAAAUUGUAUAAAAAGUGACCUUCAAUUGAAAAAUGAACUUGUCAAUAUCGAACGACUUAAUUUUAUAAUGGACACUCUCGAAAACACCGAAAACGCCGAUUACACAUGUCAACAAUCUCACCAAAGCAAUAGACGAAGAAAUGAAAGACGCGUUGGAAACAGCAAAACGGAAAUUGCAAAAAAAGAAAAAAGGGGUUUUUAA